GCGGCCGCCGCGCGCCGGUGGGGCGCGGGCGCGUGCGGGGCGCGGGCGCGUGCGGGCUGCGGGCCGGGCGGCGGCGGCGGCGGCUACGGCGGCGGCAUGGCGGAGAGCGAGGCCGAGACCCCUAGCACCCCGGGGGAGUUCGAGAGCAAGUACUUCGAGUUCCACGGCGUGCGGCUGCCGCCCUUCUGCCGCGGGAAGAUGGAGGAGAUCGCUAACUUCCCGGUGCGGCCCAGCGACGUGUGGAUCGUAACCUACCCCAAGUCCGGCACCAGCUUGCUGCAGGAGGUGGUCUACUUGGUGAGCCAGGGCGCGGACCCUGAUGAGAUCGGCUUGAUGAACAUCGACGAGCAGCUCCCGGUCCUGGAAUAUCCACAGCCAGGCCUGGACAUCAUCAAGGAACUGACUUCUCCCCGCCUCAUCAAGAGCCACCUGCCCUACCGCUUUCUGCCCUCCGACCUCCACAAUGGGGACUCCAAGGUCAUCUACAUGGCUCGCAACCCCAAGGACCUGGUGGUGUCUUAUUACCAGUUCCACCGCUCUCUGCGGACCAUGAGCUACCGAGGCACCUUCCAAGAAUUCUGCCGGAGGUUUAUGAAUGACAAGUUGGGCUACGGCUCAUGGUUUGAGCAUGUGCAGGAGUUCUGGGAGCACCGCAUGGACUCGAACGUGCUUUUUCUCAAGUAUGAAGACAUGCAUCGGGACCUGGUGACGAUGGUGGAGCAGCUGGCCAGAUUCCUGGGGGUGUCCUGUGAUAAGGCCCAGCUGGAGGCCCUGACGGAGCACUGCCACCAGCUGGUCGACCAGUGCUGCAACGCGGAGGCCCUGCCCGUGGGCCGGGCACAUUGCCUCUUUGCUCGGAAGAUCUCCUUGAGUUGGUGAGAAUGCAGGGCCGAGUAGCCAGCUGCAUUGCUUAGAUUUCAUUCAUGUCACAGCAUAAAUUGUCUUGAUUCCAAAUCCUAUACCAGGUGGGUGACUCCUCUGAUUAGCGCUCAGCUGUCUCAGCUGAGAAAAAUAAUCAUGGGAAAAUAUAGUUUGGUUGCACUAGUAGCUUUAGUACCUUCUAAUUCUGUCCCUUAGGUAUCGUUAAAGGGUUGCAAGAAUUUUUUUCUCUCUCCAACAUUGAUAAUUUUUUGUUACCAAAGAGAAAAUCUGUGUCACGUUGGGCAUUUUAGCUUACAUUUGCAGGGUUGCAGUUUCACACCUGAGGUCCUGCCCAGACAAGCACCAGUGUUAGUAAUGGAGCUAAUGAAGGAAGUUUGCUGGAGACAGAGCUCUGAUCUCAGAGGUGCUGACAAUGGAAAGAAUCCUAAACGAGCAGUUCUUUAAAAACAGGGAAGCAGUACUCGGGUGAUGUACUCACAGCUCCCGUAACUGGGAAGUUCAGACAUCUUCACAGUCACCGUUUCUAUUGGACCAGACCAACCUAAGGUUUUAUAUUCACAGUGGGAGCAAGGGCUUCUCGUCAUUUUUAGCUCUCUUGCUUUUCCAAAGCCUUCAUAAACCAGCACAGACCAGUGCCCGCAGCUUAGCCCACGGCUCAACCAUCCUUUGUGGCUUCCAGGAAGAGGUCUGGGUUUCUGACCAAGUCUGGGAUAGAGCAGCUGGGGGCCGUGCCCACACUCAUUAUAUUGUUGACUAAGGGAAUUCUCACUGCAGGGCACAUUUUGCAUCUAGUCUCUAAAGCUAGCUAAUGCUGCGACUGUUUUAUUCACUUUAAAUUCCUCCCCAGGGUUUGCGAGGGCAGGCUCCUUGAAAUUCUCACCUUCGGCCCAGUCAAGAGGGCUUCCUACCUGCUGUAAAAUUUUCUGCACCCUGGAUGAUUUUUUUUUUUUUUCCUUUUCAAAUUCUCCCGAAGCCAAUGACGCCUUGGUGGCGCUGUUGAGCUUCGAGUGAAUAAUGGCGGGGGGGACAGCCAGAGCUGCCUGCGAUGCCCUGAGCAGGGCACUCCCGUGGCAGAUCAUACUCCUUCCUGGGAUAUUUAUUAAACACCGGCCACGUGCCAGGUGCCGUUCUAGGUGCUGGGACUCAACACUGAACAGGAGUAGAGUCUCCCUGGCAGGCCCCAGUGAGGGGUACAGAAGGGCACCCGGAGGUGGUUGUGGCUCCCUGCACCACAGCCUCAGAGGGAAGCUGGUGCAGGUCAUGUUUUGCCAGAUCUAGUAGUUUCACAAAUGUUAGGCGAUCCACCUGGUCUGUAGCUCAGAUGGCCCUUCCUGCCCCUAUAGGCCAAGUUCAGAGGGGUCCAGGAAUAGAUCUGGAAUGUUCCAGAUCCAUUUCCAAGGCUUCCUUUAGUUCAGUAGCUGCCCUGACAGCAAGUGGCCACCGCAGUUGUUCUCUUGUUUGCAUUUCAGGGAGAGUUGGGCUGUGGAAGGACAUCUUCACUGUCUCCAUGAACGAGAAGUUUGACUUGGUGUAUAAACAGAAGAUGGGAAAGUGUGACCUCACGUUUGACUUUUAUUUAUAAUAAAGAAACAACAACCUGCAUGCUCACAAUACCCAGACACUGUACUAGCCAAAAGUCCUUGUAUGCAUUCAUUUAUUACUUGCUGGACAAACUCGAAGCAGCGUGUGAAACAGCGGGGAAGGGAAGAGCGGCGGGAGCGGAGGGAGUGUGGUGAUUCCCAACCCAGAGCAGCUGUCUCGCCUCUAGACCGUGCAGCCUCUCCGUGUCUGAAUACAAAUAGUCUCCACAUUGCCGUUCCGAGGGCCUGGACUGCAAGGAUAAAGCCUGUAAUAUAUGCAACUAGAAUGUCUGCCUUUUCAACCCCAUAUUAUUUAUUGUAUUUUAUAGAGCUUUUCACUGGAAAUCUACAUAAAUGUCAGUAAACCAAAUAAAAGUUCAUUUCCAAGGGGAAUCAGGAGCGAGCCACACCCGAAUGGUAGAAAGAUCUCAGGGUUAACUUUAUUUUUGUAGUUUUAUUAUCUAAGGCACAGCCAUUCUGUUCUCACUUGGUUCUGAGGUGAUGGUGGGAACAGAGGAUGCGCUGGGUAUGUUGGGGGGAUCUGGACACUUUAUUCUGAUGGAGUUCACUUCUUCAGAACCUUCCUGAAAUAAAGCAGAAACCAUUCACUAGGUCUUCAGAAAGGAUGUCCCUCUGCCAGAGACUUCCAGCGGGUGGCUCCAAAGGCCCAAGACUAGGGGCCCGCGGGACAUGUGCUGAGGGAAGCUGCCAGGUGAGGCCAGCAGAUGGGAGUCUCAUGCAGUCAGGAACAUUUGCAUGCAGUAAGCGGAGAGUCGGCCACCAAAGGACUGAGUUGCGAUCAGAAUUUGAGCUUAAUUCCGCAGCUUUACUUUUGUUUCCCGAAGUGAUGGCCUACUAGCUGGCAAGCAGAUGCUUAAUGGUUAAUUUCCAAAAACCCCGGGUCUUUAUCAUUCAGUUUGUUCUGUGCACCCGAGGCACUAGGCUGUGGGAGAGCCAUUUUGCGAGUGUAGCCCUGUUUCACUUGGAUCAGGUUGGCACAGCCGACUUCAUGUCUGUCCACCUCGUCCCUCCGCGUAUCUGUGGGAGUAAAGGUGAGGUGUUUAUUGCUUCACUGCCUAAUUUUCUGGCCCAAAGUCGCUGAAGUGAUGGAGACACGGGGGCCAGCAGCCAGCCAACCCCGUGGGGACGGGGGCUGUCUCUGUUAUUCAUAUGGCUGGGAAGCACCCAAAGUGGUGGUCAGGAGGGUUGCUGCUAUGGAAGGGGUCUCCGUUCUUGGUGCUGUCUUUGAAACGGGUGCAGAGAGGAGCUUGUGUUUUUGUUUGUAAAGGGGAGAAGCAUGGCCAGGCAGGUGGCACGUGGCAUUGCACGGUGGGCUCAGCAGCACCUUGCCUGUGUUUCUGUGAGGGAGGCUGCUUUCUGUGAAAUUUCAUUUCUAUUUUUCUAUUUUUAGUACUGUAUGGAUGUUACUGAGCACUACACAUGAUCCUUCUGUGCUUGCUUGCAUCUUUAAUAAAGACACAUUCCCGUGGCA